AUGUCUCUUCCUGGCCUCCUUGUUGUGGUGAUGACAAUAUUCCUCGCUGGAUCAUCCGAUGGGUUUGUCAUGACGAAAUGGAUGAACAACAAUCCCAGUGCAUGUAAAAUUGGAUACAGCAGCAAGCAUGUUUCCUUUUCGGCUUCGGUAGUGGAAUCCUCGUCGGGUCCCGAUCAAGAUUUGCUGCCUCCUUCCACCAUGCGUGUCAAGGAAAUUCAAGCCGAAUUACAGACUCGUCAAGUUUCCUAUGACGAUUGUUUUGACAAGGAAAGUCUCGUCAAACGACUGCAAGACGCCCGAGAAGGGACCACCACAGCAACAACAACCACAACAAUACCUACUACUGAUACUGAUGACACUGAUGAAAUCAUCCCGGAAGUCUUGGAUUUAGGCGAAACACCGCAAGAAUACGCCGCUCGCACCAAUCAACCUCCCAGCGAUGGAUCCACCAUUGAAAACGACUUUGAUGUGGCGGGCAAUUUGGAGGAACUCCGAUCCAUGACGAUCCGACAACUCCGUGAAGAAUGCGGCAAACGCAAGAUGCGGUGGGCGCACUUUGUGGAAAAGGAGGACAUUGUACAGGCUCUGUUGGAAGCUCGGUCGAGUACCGUACGAUACUCGGUUGCUGGCCACGUCCAACCGGGGAUUGUGGCCGAGUUGACGGACGAACAAUUGACACAAGAACUCUCGGCACCCUCGGAAGCACCCUUGCUAUUGGAUAUUUAUGCCACAUGGUGUGGACCCUGUCAAAUGAUGGCGCCCGCCUUGAAGGAUGCGGCCUUUGAAUUGGGCACGCGAGUGCGGGUGGCCAAAUUGGAUUCGGAUCAGUAUCCCGCCAUGGCACAACAGUUGCGAGCCGGUGGGUUGCCAACCGUAUUGCUAUUGAAUGGUCCAGACGAGGAGUUGGAACGCAUCGAAGGAGCCAUGAUGAAGGAACAAAUCUUGAAUUUUGUGGCGCCUUACAUUGAUUAUAGAUUGCACUAG